AUGCGACUGCUUCACUGCAGAAAGGGGGCCUCUUUUCCUAAACUGUAUAACUUGGUACCAAAUGGAAAAAUGAAGAUGCUCUUGGUAUUCCUAGGUCUGCUUGGUAAUUCUGCUGCCAUGCCAAUGUACAUGCCCCGAAUGCCUGGAUUUAGCAGCAAAAGUGAGGAGAUGAUGCGCUAUGGCCAGUUCAACUAUAUGCAUCCCCCACCUAUGGCACCUAUGGGCCCUAUGGGCCCUUACGGAAAUGGUUACCAAAUUCCUCCGCCUUACCCACAGUACCCAAUGCCCCCCAUGUGGCCCCAUCCACUACCCAGUGGGUGGCAGAACCCCCCAGUACCCCAACACCAGACCAAGACGGAUCAAAACCAGGAGACUCAGAAGCCCAACCAGACUCAGCCCCAGAAACCACCAGAAAAGCAGCCUUCCAAUCAGCCACCAGAAAACCCGCCCAAGGACAAGGCAGAUGCCCAGCCGCCACAGCCAUUCCCACCAUUCAACAAUGGAUUAUUCCCCUUUCAACAACCACCAUGGCCAAUUCCACAGAGGAUGCCGCCCCCAGGUUAUGGACGCCCACCACUCAGCAAUGAAGACGGAGGGAAUCCUUAUUUCGGAUUUUUUGGAUAUCCUGGCUUUGGAGGUCGUCCCUAUUAUUCAGAAGAGAUGUUUGAAGAUUAUGAAAAACCUAAGGAAGAAGAUCCUCCUAAGCCAGAGGAUCCACCAUCAGAACCUUCAGCUAAUUCUACAGUUCCUGAGACUAAUUCUACCCAACUAACAAAUCAAGGCAAAAAUGACACCGGUCCAACACUAAACAGUAUUCCUGGGCUGAAUACUGGCAACAACCCUACAGUUCAAAAUGGGAUCUUCCCACUCCCUACAGUUAAUUUUUCAGGCCAAGUAAUACCCGGAAGUCAAAUUCCAUGGAAACCAAAUCAGCCCAAUAUUUAUGGAAGUUAUCCAAAACCUAACAUCAGAAAUUCUCCUUCAGGAAGACAAUCAAAUCCCACACAUACUGCCACUGGGCAGAGACCACCUGGACCUUCUUACCGGAACCAACCAGGUCAAUGGGAUGCUCAGGGGAACUCCUUCGCUUGGGAAGGCAAACAAGCAGCUGGGCCCAAAAAUCCAACUUAUCACAAAGCUUACACUCCCACUUCCAGAACCAAUUACCCCAGUUAUGCAGGAAACCCAGCAAAUUUCAGAAGAAAGCUUCAAGGGCCAAACAAACCUUUUGUGGGGACCAAUGUUACCCCAAUGAGUCCCAAACAAGGUACUAUUGGCCGCAAUGAAAAGAUCCAAAAUCCAAAGGAAAAGUCCCUAGGUCAAAAAGAAAGCACAAUUAAUCCUACAAAGGGUAUGUCAGGCUCCUGGAGAAAUUCACAAUAUCCUGGAGUUAAUAAACCAAAUUAUGGGUGGCCUCAUCCAGAGGAUAACAUGCUAGGCCCAAAUUUUAAUUCUGUUAAUCAAUAUGAAAAUUCCUAUUACCCAAGAGGAGAAGUCAUAAAAGUGCCAAGUUCCAAUGCAAAAACCCAAAGUCAGAACUUUCCCAAAAGGGUUGCUUUAGAGCCAAAAAGAAUUCCAUAUGAAUCACAAACUAUGCAGCCUGAAUUAAAGCACAGUACACACCAGCCCAUCUAUCCUGAGGUAAUCCCUUCUCCCAAAAGAGAACAUUUUCCUGCUGGAAGAAAUACUUGGAGUCACCACGAAAUCCCUCCACCCUUUAAAGAAGAUCCUGGAAAGCAGGACAAACAUUUACCUCAUGUUUCCCCGGGCUCUCAAGAUAGUGUUUUCUACCAUAAAUAUAACUCCUUUUACACCAGGGAAAAUUCACCAUACACUGGGAGCAACACAUGGGAGAAGAGAGCUGAUUCUCCCAAAACACAAGCAAAAACUCCACAGUAUCCUCUGAAGAAUACAGAUCAGAAAGAGACCAUCCAGUAUAAUGAAAAGGACCCAUCUGAUCCAACCAGACACGGGCCCUUUCCAGGACUAAGUAGGUGGGGUGAGGAAGUGUUGAGCUUUAAUGAAAGGCCCAUGGGAAGGCACAAUGAUGGUGAGCAGUAUGCCUCAAAUCAACCAAAGGAAUACCUUCCCUAUCCCUUAGAUAACCCAUCUAAGCCCAGAGAAGAGUCUCCUUACACUGACUUUUAUCCUUGGAGCCUUGAUGAGACUUUCCCAUCCUACAGCCCAGGUCCCACAGUGUCUCCGCCAGGGAAGAACAGAGGUCAUCAGGUUAAUAACGCCAUGCGACAAGAAGGAAGUGCUCUCUUUCCUUCACCAAACUCCUGGGAUCAGGGGAUUCAAGUGCAGGGGCAGCAGGAAAGCGAGCCACAGUUUCACAGAAACUACUGGGAUCAGGCAACAAAUUUACAUGAAGUCGGUCCACCAAACCAGAGAAAGAACUAUCCCUAUCCCAGUCAGCCCCACGUUGGGCUCCAGAAAACCCCAACCUGGCAGGAAGGCAAGAAUCUGAAUUAUGAUAUGCAAAUGACCAGGUUGUAUUCACCAGAGAGAUCGCAUUUGGCUUUCCCUGAUGUAAUGCCUCAGAGCUAUCCCUUAGGUCAAACAAAAUCACAUUUAUUUCACCCAAACCCAAGCAGCUCCUGCUGUGUUGGGGGUGCUGCAGGGCCCCAUAAGAAUCCCUUGGCCCUGCAAGACUACACCCCAUCCUAUGGCCUGGCGCCAGGAGAGAAUCACAACACCAAUCCCACCUACACAGAAAGUAGUCACACCACGCACACACGACCGAAUGUUUCCCCAACCAGCAUCCUGCCUGGCCAGAGGAAUAGCUCAGAGAAGAAACUUCCUGGGGAAAGCACAAAGCCAAGCACUUUGAGAGACAAUGUGUCCUCUCUGAAGAAUGCUCCAUGCUCUGCAAAGACCCAGCAGGGCACAGGGGGAGUCAGAUCCUUUCCCAAAGCCAGUGCCCCUCAGUCAAACACACUUUGUCUCAGUAAUGAUCUUGGAGGAGAUGGGAACAGCGUUCUGGAACAAAUUUUUGAAGGCAACCAUCUCAGCGAAAGAACUGUCAACCUUACUCCUGAGCAGCUUUUUAUUGGAACACUUGAUGAAGGCCUCAAGCCCCCAGGUAUCCAAAAGGAAAUGCAAGGAGAGGAGGAUGACAGGCCGCAACAGAGGCCACCUAGCAUCCUGCAGGUACCAUGCUUUGGCUCCCAACUAACACAGCUUCACUCCUCUAGCACUGGAACUCCAUCUAGCAGUAGAAGACCAGGCCCAUCUGGUGGGGAUCUAACUAAGCCUACUGAAAAUCCUAACACAUUUGUUGGGUUCGCUACUGGGGAGCCAUUUAGAAGUAUAAAUGCUGACCAGCUCAGUGUAGCAGGACACACUCCAUUUGAAUCUUUUCAAAGAGGGACUGAUCCUCAGGACCAGAUACAAGACUGCUUACUAAUUCAGGUCUAG